AUGUCUGACACAAGAGAGAGAGGUGCAAGUCUAAGGCGCUUCCAGACUGAAGCUUCAGAAGGGAACAGUAGUUUGGUGAUGCAGACUCUACUGGCAGUGACCCAGAACUUGGGAGUCUCAGAGGUGCCCAAUGCCUCAAAGGUGCCAAAAGUCUCAAAAGUCCUGAAAGUCUCAAACACCCUAGAAAUGUCAAAGGCCAAAGGGGCCUCAGAUGCCCACCAGGCUCAGGAGGCAGCUAUUACUCAAGUCUCACUUGGCACUCAGCCUUCUGGUACCCAGGUUCAGGCAGCUGAAAACAGGAAUACAACAGCUGACCCCAAGAUGCAGAAUGCUGACUUACAGGCUGCGCCAAUUAUCUCUGCCAAAAGUAAAAAAGUAAUUUGUGUAGCUGAUACACAGGUCAAUACAAAGGCCCUGGAUAUUGAGGCUACUGCUUCCCAGGCUCCCACAGAUGAUUCUGAGCCUAAAGGUGCAGCUUCUCAGAGUCAGGAAAAUCUGGAUACUCAGCCCAAGGUCAAGGCCAAGAAAGCUAGAAAGGUGAAGCAUCUGAAUGGAGAAGAGGAUGGCAGCAGUGAUCAGAGUCAGGAUUCUGGAACUACAGGUGGCCAAAGGGUCUCAAAGGCUCUAAUGGCUUCUAUGGCCCGCCGAGCCUCAAGGGGCCCAAUAGCCUUUUGGGCCCGCAGGGCAUCAAAGACUCGGUUGGCUGCUUGGGCCCAGAAAGCCUUACUCUCUCUGAAAUCACCAAUGACCCAUAAAGGCAAGACUCACCGUAGAACUGCCAAACAGCAAUUGUCCCAACACCCUGAAGUGCCAUUGCCUCGGAAUGUAGCCCUUCUGCAAGGGAGGGCAAAUGAUUUGGUGAAGUACUUGUUGAUUAAAGACCAGACAAAGAUCCCUAUCAGGCGCUCAGACAUGCUGAAGGACAUCAUCAAAGAAUACACUGAUGUGUACCCUGAAAUCAUUGAACGAGCAGGCUAUUCCUUGGAGAAGGUAUUUGGAAUCCAGCUGAAGGAAAUUGAUAAGAAUGACCACUUGUACAUUCUUCUCAGCACACUAGAACCCACUGAUGCAGGCAUACUGGGAACGACCAAAGACUCACCCAAAUUGGGUCUUCUUAUGGUACUUCUUAGCAUCAUCUUCAUGAAUGGAAAUCGAUCUAGUGAGGCUGUCAUCUGGGAGGUGCUGCGCAAGUUAGGGCUGCGCCCUGGGGUACAUCACUCACUCUUUGGAGAUGUGAAGAAACUUAUUACUGAUGAAUUUGUGAAGCAGAAGUACUUGGAUUAUACCAGAGUCCCCAACAGUAGUCCCCCUGAGUAUGAGUUCUUUUGGGGCCUACGUUCCUACUAUGAGACCAGCAAGAUGAAAGUCCUCAAGUUUGCAUGCAAGGUACAAAAAAAGGACCCCAAGGAAUGGGCAGCUCAGUAUCGAGAGGCGAUGGAAGCAGAUUUGAAGGCUGCAGCUGAGGCUGCCAUUGAAGCCAAGGCUAGGGCUGAGAUUAGAGAUCAGAUGGGUAUUGGGCUUGGCUCUGAAAAUGCUGCUGGGCCAUGCAACUGGGAUGAAGCAGAUAUUGGACCCUGGGCCAAAGCCCGGAUCAAGGCAGGCAAUGAAGCUAAAGCGAAAGCCCAAGAGAGUGGUGACACCAGUGCAUGUGCCAACAGUGACUCCAAUGCCAAUUCCAGCCUGAAUGCCACCCUUACAUUUGGCCCCUUUGCUCGCUUCAGUGAUGCUGGCACUGGUACCAAUGGCAGCACGGGUGCCUGUGGUUUUUCCUACAAGUGA